AGGGUUUGUUUGACAUCCAUCAUCAUGAAUCGUGUACCGUCUAAGCAAGAGGUGACCUUCAUUGUAGAGGGUCAAAGGGAAGAUGAAUCAUCGGAUUCUCUGCCUCUGAAAAAGCAAAAGCUCAAUGAAGAAGAUGAGGAGGAGGAUGAUUAUUCAGAAGAAGAGUUUUGCCCAAACUACCCUCAAAAGGUUGAUAAAGCUGUCUGGGAUAGCUACUUCAAGCAGUUGGACGAGAGCGAGGGUUUUGAUAUUGAGGAUUAUCCUGGUUCGUGCCCGAUGGCUACAGUCUACCCCCUACCACGCUUCUUAAAGAAUCCUGACAAUCACAAGCUAUUGAUGGAUUAUGCUGGAAGAGCUCUUAAGCUAUACAAUGACACUAACGGCACUGAUCAUAAGAUCGAGGACGUUUUGAAAGUGAAUGGAGGUGGCUGUCGUUACUACAUUUUCUAUGUGACCUUUUCCAUCAAGACAUGUGAUGGGAAAAGGGACCUUUUUCAAGCUAAAGUGGUGGAAGAUCUGGACAAUAGUCUGGAGUUCCCAAUCAUCAGGCCAAAGCCGAAGAAGGAUUUGGACAUAUAGUUGAUUUGAAGUCUGCAUUGGAACCUCCUUUCUUUAGUACUUAACAUUAUGUUAACAGCUUUUGUGGGGAUCGCUGAACAGGAUUACUAGCUUCAUAGCAUAGUGCUAUGUAAUGGCCCCUGUUCUUAUUUUGUUCGGCAUGUUAAAGCAGUAACAUAGUAUCUGAUGCGAAAAGAGAAAGUGAGACCAAUGUGAUUUGACCUUAUAGUUAUGGAAAGAAUGCUUGUUUAAUUUAGUAUCAGAAGAAAAUAUUCUUCUUGCUAAUAUAUUUGACAGCGAGAAAAUUAAAAUUUGACUUUGAUAUCAGUGAUUUGAAGUUUAUGCAUUGCGACCUCCUUUUAGUACUUAGCACUAAGCUUUAGCAUUUAUGCUAACAACUUUAUUGGGAUCGUUGAACAUGAUUACUAUCUCCAUAAAAGAAGAGGAUUUCUUCUCUUUACCCAAAAAAAAAAAAAAAAAAAAGAGGAUUUCUUCUCUACUUAGAUCAUUUGGAGAUUAAGCAAACAUCACAAGAACGAGAUUCCUCGGGCGCACCUUGCUGCAAUGUGACACUUCACAGCUACGAACUAAUAAGACGCUUCAGAGGAAAAACUACGUCCUACUAUUUGCAUUUACCCUGAUAGGCUAUCCAGAGAGUUAUCAUGGCAUGCCUGUUGCCAUUAAAAUACGGCCUUAAAAAAGAAAAUUAAGGUAA